AUGGUCAUGGCACAGUUGGAACAGUACCGCCUCGGGCUCUCGUUGCUAAUACCCCUCAUCGGUAUUGCGACCGGGGCUCUGGGGGGAAACAGUGCCGCCACCUUCUUAUUCAAUACCGUUGCUCUGAUCCCACUGGGUUCCUGGAUCAAUCGAUCGGUUGAUUCUCUAUCUGUGGAUGGGAUACGGGUUGUUAAUGAGCUUUUGAAGUCAACUCUGGGGAACUCGGUGGAAUUGAUGAUCGGAAUCAAUGCUGUCAUUCAGCGAAGACCACAUAUUUCCCAAUCCGUGAUUCUGGGCGGUGUUCUCAGCAAUCUGCUACUGGUCCUCGGCGGCACUCUAUUCUACGCCGGAUAUGACCAGAAGCGACUACGCUUCGAUAAGCAUCUCACGACAAUCCUCUCAUCCCUCAUGAUGGUCGUCUUCAUCCUGCUCUCUAUCCCCACAAUCAUGGACGUUUUCCCCUCCGCCAAGGCCACACCUGCAGACGACAUACUUUACACACAGCGGAUAAUAUCCGUGGUCUUGAUUACUCUCCUCAUAACUUUCCUCUUCUUCCGACUCAAAACGCACGCCAGAAUGUUCGCAAGUACCCCGUUCAGCCAACGGGACCGACCGCGCAGCCGCCACCAACACGGCCAGAGUCAAAUUAUCGACGCUCAAAUCCCGCGGCCGUACAUAGCAAAAGGCCCAGCGGCUCUCAUUCUUCUUGCUUCUUCUGCGUCUGCGCUCACAUGCACAUAUCACAUAGUUGGAAGUCUCAGUGGAUUGGCCUCGAUAACGGGCGCAAACCAAUCUUUCUUGGCCGUUACACUUAUUCCAUUGGUCGGAAAUUCGGCCAAGUAUUCGUCUAUUGUCACUGGGUCAAGACUAUAUGGUCAAGUUGAGCUUGGCAUCCGGGCAGUGAUCAAUACUGUUUUGCGGGUAACGAUGCUUAUUGCGCCACUUUUGGUGCUUAUCGGUUGGGUGUUCAACCGGCCACUCGUUAUGAGACUUGAUGGGUUUGAAGCUACGACGCUUUUACUGAGUGUUGUUGUUAUGACUUAUCUCAUCUCUGAUGGACGCAGCAACUACUUCGAGGGACUGAUGCUGAUUGGAACGUACUGCAUCAUCAUGGUCUCAUUCUUUGUUCGGCCGGAGAUACCGGCUAAUGUGAUCUUUCUAGGAUCUUAG